CGAAAAGCGUUCGGUCGGUCAACUUCUGUCGUGGGGAGUUACAACGAAUCUUGGUGGGCAUCCGAAGUUGUUGCACUGACGUGGCCAGAAGGCACAUUAAUCCAAUUUCAGUGCAAGUUAAUUAAGUUGUAAAUAAAUCAAAGAUGAAGCAGUUUUUGCUGCUGGGCCUUUUGCUUUUAGCAGGCAUCAAUCAAAUUGUUGCUGAUGAUGCAGACAGCACUGAGACGAUUGACCUGGACUUGGGCGCUUUUAAAGAAGGUUCCAGAACAGAUGCCGAAACGCUCAAGCGCGAGGAAGAAGCUAUUCAAUUGGACGGCCUAAAUGUGGCACAACUGAAAGAAAUACGCGAAAAGGCUGAGAAGUUCACAUUCCAAACGGAGGUCAACCGCAUGAUGAAGCUGAUUAUUAAUUCGCUUUAUCGAAACAAGGAGAUCUUCCUGCGUGAGCUCAUCUCGAACGCUUCCGAUGCCAUUGACAAGAUUCGUCUACUGGCGCUGACCGAUCGCAAGGAGCUGGAGUCCAAUCCGGAACUGCAUAUACGCAUUAAGGCCGACAAGGAGAACAAAGUGUUGCACAUUUUGGACUCUGGCAUUGGCAUGACUCAUCAGGAUCUCAUUAAUAACUUGGGCACGAUUGCGAAGUCUGGCACUGCCGAUUUCUUGGCCAAAAUGCAGGAUCCCAGCAAGUCGGAGGGUCAGGAUUUGAAUGAUAUGAUUGGACAGUUCGGUGUGGGUUUCUAUUCGGCUUUCCUUGUCGCUGAUCGUGUUGUGGUCACCACCAAGCACAACGAUGAUAAGCAGUACAUCUGGGAGUCGGAUGCUAAUAGCUUCAGUAUUACGGAAGAUCCACGUGGCGAUACCCUCAAACGUGGCUCAAUCAUCUCGCUGUAUCUCAAGGACGAGGCUCAGGACUUUUUGGAGGAGGACACCGUCCGCGAACUGAUUCGCAAAUACUCGCAGUUCAUUAACUUCCCCAUCAUGAUGUGGUCUAGCAAAACUGUCGAUGAGGAGGUGCCCGUCGAGGAUGAAGCACCCGCAGCCGAAAAGUCCGAAGAUGAUAUCGAGGAAGCCGAUGAGGAUGUUAAGGUUGAGGAGGAUAAUGACCAGGAUAAGCCCAAGACCAAGAAGGUUUCAAAGACCGUCUGGGACUGGCUGCUGAUCAACGAUAGCAAGCCCAUCUGGACACGCAAACCAGCUGAAGUCACUGAGGAGGAGUACAAUGCAUUCUAUAAGAGUCUGACCAAGGAUUCGAGCGAGCCUCUAACUCAAACCCAUUUUGUUGCCGAAGGCGAAGUCACCUUCAAGAGUUUGCUAUACAUUCCAAAAGUUCAGCCAUCUGAAUCCUUCAAUCGCUAUGGCACCAAAUCGGACAACAUUAAGUUGUACGUGCGCCGUGUGUUCAUUACGGAUGAGUUCAACGAUAUGAUGCCCAACUAUUUGAGCUUCAUUCGCGGUGUGGUCGAUUCUGAUGAUCUGCCUUUGAAUGUCUCUCGUGAAACGUUGCAGCAGCACAAGCUGAUUAAGGUUAUCAAGAAGAAGCUGGUACGCAAGGUACUGGACAUGAUUAAGAAGAUCGACAAGGCCGCAUACGAGAAGUUCUGGAAGGAGUUCUCCACCAACAUCAAAUUGGGCGUCAUGGAGGAUCCCAGCAAUCGUUCGCGUCUGGCCAAGCUGCUGCGGUUCCAGAGCUCUAAUGGCAAGGGCGUUACCUCGUUGGCCGAGUACGUCGAACGCAUGAAGUCCAAGCAGGACCAUAUCUAUUAUAUUGCCGGCGCUAACCGUGGUGAGGUCGAGAAGUCGCCAUUUGUUGAGCGUUUGCUGAGCAAGGGCUAUGAGGUGCUCUACCUGGUUGAGGCUGUGGAUGAGUACUGUAUCUCGGCGCUGCCAGAAUUCGAUGGAAAGAAAUUCCAGAAUGUUGCCAAGGAGGGAUUCAAGCUGAACGAGUCCGAGAAGAGCAAAGAAAAGUUUGAGGUUUUGAAGAGCACAUUCGAGCCUUUGGUUAAAUGGCUGAAUGAUGUGGCCCUCAAGGAUCUGAUCUCCAAGGCUCAGGUCUCGGAGCGUCUCAGCAACUCGCCUUGCGCUCUGGUCGCCAGCGUGUUUGGCUGGACCGGCAACAUGGAGCGUUUGGCCAUGUCGAAUGCCCAUCAAAAGGCCGAUGACCCGCAGCGUAGCUACUAUCUUAACCAGAAGAAAACGCUAGAGAUAAACCCCAGACAUCCGCUGAUGCGCGAGCUGUUGCGUCGCGUUGAAGCUGAUGAGGCCGACGAAACGGCCAAGGAAAUGGCGCUCAUGAUGUACCGUACUUCCACACUACGCUCCGGCUACAUGUUGCAGGAGACAGCAAGCUUUGCCGACAGCAUUGAGCGUAUGAUGCGUCAGACACUGGGCGUGCCACAGGACGAGCAAAUUGAGUUCGAUGAGGAUGAUGACGAUGACAGUGAUGAGGCAAAGGCCAGCAGCAACGAGGCGAACACAAAUGCCGAAGAAGACGAUGAGGAGCAACAGCAUGAUGAGCUCUAAGCUGCAGGCAGACAUCACACAUACCCAUUCUAUACCAUCCCACAUCCAUAUAUGAAUUGUGUAAAUAUACGAUUGUGGCAGACAGACUGAGUACAUACCCUACGCAUGUGCGCAGGUGAUACACUACCGUUGCAUCAACAGUACAUCUACCUAGGCACGUGUUUAGUUUUAAGUAAGAAAAUUUCAUAGCACAUCGCCGUAAAGCUCUCUGCGUCAAAGUCGUUUUCGUUCUCGUUGUACGGCUCAAAAAAGCUACAUUUUGAUUUAAUAUAUUUAAACAAAUGAGAUAUAUAAAUGAAUUGAAUGCGUAA